GAUGUUUCAAAAUAUCAGUCGACCUUGAGGUGGCGUUUAGCUUUAUGGUUUGAGUAUAUUUUAACCAACACUGCUGAAAGUUAUUUCAUUCUCUUUUCAAUUGAAUCUUCAAGGAAUUCCUGAAUAAUGACUUCAGCAUGGUUAAAGUCGACUACUCCUAUUAACAAGAAAUUGAAAUGCUUGUUUUCAAUUAGUGCUUAGAGCCUUUUUUCAGAGUUCGCCUGAAUUACUCUUGAAAAAUCUCAACAUUAUGCUUGGAAAAAUCAUUACUCAUGUCCCCAACUUUUGAAGCGACAGCUGAUUUACCCUCACCAUUCCUUACUAAAUUUGGUGAUAGGAAAAGCAGACUUCAGUGGCUUUGAAUAUAAAGGAUCUGACCACUUUCUUUCGUAUUCCUCAACCGAAAAGUUGGAUUCUGCUAUCAGAACCUCAGAUCAGCACUCCAAAAAUGGUAUUGCCCAUCUAAAUACUAUUGAAGAUUUAAAAAGCUUUGUGUCACAUCCUAGUACAACAGUUAAUGAUAUUUUGGACAUUGAUAUACGGUUGCUACCUUCGGAAGCAUGUGCGAUGUGUUUAGAAGCUUUACUAAGAAUUCAAAAUCAGUCUUAUGACUUACUAAUUCGUAAUGCUCAAAAUGAUUUAAGAAAUUCUAUUGCAUCUGGUGUUGACUGGCCAUCACAUUAUAUAAAAUUGGAGCAUAUAACAAAAUGGCAUAAAUUUGAUGUAGGAAGUAAUCUAUUCUAUAAUAAUAAUAAUGACUACUCUUGGAUGAAAUCGGAAAAAUUCGAUCUUUUAGUAUUAACAACAGCAGCUUGUGCCAAUGGUUUAUCUAUUGAAUCUUUACUAAGGCUAGCUGGAUAUUUUGGAAAUUUUUGGGAACGAUAUGAACCAAAAGUUUAUGCAUCAGUACUACGUCAUAUUAAUAAUCAGAUCAACAAAUUAUCAUGCGUUCAUUUAGCUCAAUUGGCACAUGUAUUAUCUAAAUUGAAGUAUAGUCAAACUUUUGGAUUCCCUCAGGAAUUACGUACUGAGAUUCAUUUAUUGGGAUCAGCAAUCGCUAUUCGUUUAUUGUCUGGAAAAGAGAUAUUAUGUUCAGUAGAUCCUACAGUUGCAAUUCGCUUGUUAUACGAUAUACGUUGGGCACUUUCGUACAAUCAAAGAGUGAUUCUGUUUGAUAGUAUUUAUUAUAAUCUUACACUGAAUCAUGUACAAUGGAAUUUGUAUACAGUUGCUUUCCUACUACUUCAUUCAUGUAAACUAAUGAUCUAUAAACCUUCAGUGAUAAAAAGUUGUCUAGCUAAAAUAUCACGUAAACUACGAAUAUCAGGUUAUCAUCCCAGUAUAAAUCAAUCCCAGUGGAUUAACGCUAUCCUUGCUGCUUUAGCUAAUUAUACAGUUAAUUUUAAUGGUGCAAGUGGAAAUUGUGAAGAAGAAUUACAAUAUUUCAUUAAACCACCUUGUCGUAAUCACAACAACAAUACAGUGUCAAUAUCUAAAAGUAUAUUUAUUCCGUACGAAGUAUUUACUGCUGAUUGGGUCCAAAGAUUGUUCAGUAAUAUAUGUCAGCACGUUACAAGUCAGCAAAUAGUAGAUUAUAAUUCCUUGAAGUGUUUAGCACAGAUUACUUAUUCUUUGUCUUUAUUUGGUCACAAGGCUGAUUCCCUUAUUGAAUAUUUUAAUGAUGCAAUGGAAAAACUUAACAAUGAUGUUUCCUCUAACAUUUCGACAUCAUUAGCAACUGAAUUUUCUCAGCUACAAUUAUAUAUGAAUAUGGCUAAAUGUUUACUUACCCCACUUUCUAAAAAUAGUAAUGAAACUGAAAAGCUGUCAGUUUCUUCACUACCUAGUGAUGAUUGGAGAUUUUAUUAUCAUUGUGGUCUUGGACUUUUACAAAGCAAUGAAAUAAAUGAUCCAGGGAUUUCCAAAAAAUUGAUAAAUAAAAGAAAAACCGUGGAUCGUUUAUACCAUGUGUUCCUUAAAAAUAGUGACCUGUUCAAAGAAUUAGACAUGGAUACAUUUCAGUGUAUACUGUAUCCUAAUAGUGAUAAUAGUAACGUAUACUUUGCAGAUAUUCUGUUCAGACAAGUAUGCGAACAACACGAAGGUAAAUAUAAUUACGUUAUUUGUAUUGUAAAUGAAAAUCGUGAUGAGGUCGCCAAAGGUCCGUUACUUUCACUGUUAAACUUUUAUCGUGAAACACAAUGUUUACCUGUUCUUACGUUUAAUAUUUGUACUUGGAAUAAUUUGCCUUAUACUGAAGCCAAACUAAUUAUGGUACAAAAUUUUCUACGUGAAGUAUCAAACAAAUUAAAUGAAAUGAAUAAUUUACAUCUACCGGAAAUUUAUACAACGAAUCUUGUUCUUCAUCCAACAUGAAUUAUUAAGCUUUAAAUAGUAUGUUAAUACAGGUUUUAUGUGUACACUUUCUAGACAAAUGUGUGUAUAAACAAUUCAUAGUUUUGUAUGACUAAUAUACUUUAAGAAAUUGCUGCUUUUUCUUUUGAUUUGCAAUGGAUCUGUUACAUUCUGAAUGUUUUCGUAUUGAGGAAGAAAAGAAAACAGUAACUUCAGCAAUGUGUUUGUAUUUUAUAGUUAAUGGUGAGUAGAUUUUAACAACCUUACUGCUUCUGAAUGUUGUCUCAGUUUUUGAUAUGGAAAGUUCUCAUCUUAUUUUCCAUUUUAGAUUAUUUGUAACGAUAUACGGUAUUACAAAAUACAUAUUUCCUUGAUAAA